GCAUCCAGAAACGCUGAUAAGAGGCGAAUAAAGGCACGCAUAGGGAAGAAAAUAAAAAUAAUUAAAAACUAUCGUUAUUAUUAUCAACGUUGACUAAAAAAGGUGACAACUAAUACAAAUAAUACAAUAAUGCCGCGUUCGAGUGGACUCCUGUCGCAACCAUCUACUUCGAAAGCAAGUCGUAAUCGAGCGGAUCCGAGCAGCAGCCAGCAACGGACACCACCGAAUCAACAGAAUGGCGACACCGACGAUGUGGACCAUGACCAGUUGGUUAUCAAUUUGGUUAAGGUCAUCCUGAACCUAUCGGUCAACAAGCAUCCAAUUAAAAAGGUCGACCUGGUGAAAAACGCCCUCGGUGGAAACAGCCGUCUCUUCCCGAAGGUCAUACCACAGGCGAUGAGCGAGCUGACUGAUGUCUACGGAUACAAGUUAAUCGAAACGGAUCGAAACAAGACGUUUAUUCUGGUUUCGACCGUUACUUGUGGUUCCAUCUUGGAUAUAAGCGAAGAUUACCGGCGAAAGUAUACACUGCUCUAUCUGAUUCUGGGGUAUAUCUUCAUGAAGAGCGGAGAAGUGCCUGAGCAGGGUUUGUGGGAUUUUCUGGCCAAGCUGAAUAUUACGGAUGAAGGCGAGCAUAAUUUCUUUGGAAAUGUGCGUAAGUUGAUCACGGAAACUUUUCUGAAGCAAGCCUAUCUGAUCCGCAAGAAGCAGGUUGUUGAAGGGAUGAACGACGAUCGGUACUUUUUCGUAUGGGGUGCCCGUGCCGAGCACGAGCUUUGUAAAAAGGAUAUCCUCGAGUCGAUCUGUAAACUGAUGGGAAAGCCUUCGAUCUGCUACAUCGCGCAGCACACGGCCGCUUAUGGGAUCAGUGAUGACGGUGAGGAUGCUACUCAGAAUUGAAGUAGUGGUUCCAUUUUCCGUAUGUAACGACACCAGGCUGAAAAGUGCCUCUUUUCAAGAUUGAAAGAUGUAUUUAAAGGUAUUUGUUGACUUGUA